AGGCGGCGGGGCCAAGGGCAGCGACGCCGAGCCGCCCUCCACGGCGGCGGCGGCGGACGGCACCGUGGCGGGCGCGCCGCACGCCGCGACCACGUGGCGCGGCGCUGUCGGGCAGCUGCGCGGACUGGGCGCCGUCAGGACGGCAUGUGUCUUCGUCCUGGGCGCCGUCGCGAUGUUCGUGCAGUAUUGGGUGCGCUCGAGACGGAAGAACAUCGCGCCCCGGGAGGAGUCGGAGACCCCCAUGGCGACGGAGCAGAUGCUGCGGCUGCCGCAGCCCACGCCACGGCUGCGGCAGGUGGGCACCUCCUUUGCGGUCCCGCUGUCCCGCAUCGCCAGCUGCAAGGGCGCGAGCCUCAUCGUCGACGUCCCCGUGUCGCCAGCCGUGUGGCCGCUGCGCGCCCUCUUCUCUCGCCCUCCGGACGGCGGCGCGGACGCACCCUGGACGAGGUUCCAGCUGACCGUGGACAUCAUCGAAGCCGCCGGCUUGCCCCCCCUGCUCUGUUGCGACAGGGGCGCGGCGGCGCCAGGGCCGCCGCCCAAGCCCGCGGAGACCGGGGGCACGCAGCAGCGGCUCAGCAGCUGGACCGCCGGCUGCGAGGGCGGCGACACGGGCAGGCUCGACGACGCUGAGGCCACCGGGAGCACUCGCGGGGAGGGCGAGGGCGGCUCGUGCCUGGAGGUGCGGGGAGGCAGCGGGGCGGUGGCCGCGACAUUGGUGGAGAGCUCCGCGGGGAAGUGGAAGAUCCAGCGGCCCGGCCACGUCUCCUGGGACGUCGAGAGGCGGGACGCGGCCGAGGGCAUCCUGUUCACCGCAUACUGCCGCGGCGAGGAGGUAGCGCUCGUCACCAGGCAGCUGUGCAGCGGGAGCUCAGCCGAGGACGAGAGUGUGCAGGUGGACACGCUGAUGGACAGCAGUUCGCCGGAUUCACUCUUGCUCUUCUGCUGCAUGCUGGCGCUGCUGGCCAAGUUCGCGCCAGAGUGAGAGGGGGUUCUCCAUGCGGCGUGGUCCAUGCGGUUCCCACACGAAGCGCCUCAGCUGUGCCUAUGACCCCACCCUGCCGCGCCCUUUGCCUUGUGUGUAUCAUAUUGAUACGCGGCCGCCCACUUCAGCGUCUCUCGUCAGUCAUUUAGCCCAGGUCGUUUCACAGUGGUUUAGACUGGUGAGGCUUAGCCCGGCUCAGCUUGGCUUGCGCAGAGAGAAGAAGGCAUGAG